GUGCUUAUAUCAUUUCUUCCUGAACUUCUCCGCGUAAACAGCUUGGUCCAUCCCAUCAUCUUUACACCUAUACCCUCCUGAUUCAUCCAAGCAAGAACGAUGGCACGUCUCCCCGUCCAUCGCGAACCCAAACAUCAACAGGGUGGCCACGCAAACGGCCAACGCAGUGGGCGAUUACCUCCAAGGCUCGGCACCUUUCAAGCACACUUAGUCGCCGCGUCGGGGGAGUUCGUAGGGACGUUCAUGUUCCUGUACUUCUCCUUUGCAUGCCAAAUCAUGCUUACCACACAGGCCAGCGAGAAAUCGUUGGCCAAUGGCGGACCAAGCAGCCAGCAGAAUAUCUUCACGGCUCUGGUUUAUGGCUUCAGCUUGUUGGUCAAUGUCUGGGCUUUCUACCGAAUCAGUGGCGGGCUGUUCAACCCUGCGGUCACCUUCGGCAUGGUUCUUGCAGGCGCGCUUCCACCUAUACGCGGCUUGAUCCUUUUCCCAGCCCAAAUCAUCGCCGCAAUGUGUGCAGGCGCUCUCGUUUCCUGCAUGUUCCCCGGCGACAUCGCCAGCACCAAUACCACGCUUUCGCCGGGUACAAGCAUUGCGCAAGGCGUUUUCAUCGAAAUGUUCAUGACGGCCGAACUGGUCUUCGUGGUGCUUAUGCUCGCCGUCGAGAAGAGCAAAGAUACGUUCAUCGCGCCGGUGGGCGUUGGACUCGCGCUUUUUGUUGCGAUGAUGGGCGGCGUCUACUAUACCGGAGGCUCUUUGAACCCAGCCCGUAGUUUCGGUCCCGCUGUCGCUGCUACGCAGUUCCCUGGCUAUCACUGGAUCUACUGGGUGGGACCGUUCCUUGGUGGCGCCUUAGCUGCUGGCUAUUACAGAUUCGUUAAGUACUUCAACUAUGAAGAAGCCAAUCCGGGACAAGAUGCUACGAAUGGAGAUGAAGCCUAAGAGGUUAUAUCCAAUAUGGAGCAAGGUUUGCCGGCGCAUAUAAGAAGGAUUACAUAUCAUUGUUUCAGGGAUGAUACAUGCGAGGGCGUUUACGAUAGUAUAAUGUAUACAAUGGAGAGAGGGCAUAUAGCGAUUCGCAAUAGGCGUUUGGAGUUCUUGAAUCCAAGGCUGGUAUUGAAUUUACGUACUUAGAAAAGUCCUGAAAGCAACUCAGCAUGGUUAUCUCAGGCCCUCAUCUUCUACUGUCA